AAGCAAAACAUUACGGCCCAAAAUGUACAGGUAAGUUAUUUGUGAUGUUGGUCCUGAGAAUUUAGGUAUGUUAUUUGUGUUUUUUGGCCAAAAUUGUAUCUGUAAUUUAUUUGUAUUUGUAAUUAAAUUCAUUAUAUUUAUUUCUAAAUAUUGUGGUAGCAACGUCUAUGAGAAUCUUUAUUAAUAUCAAUACAGCACAGUAUAUGAGAAUCUUUAUUAAUAUCAAUACAGCACAGUCUAUGAGAAUCUUUAUUAAUAUCAAUACAGCACAGUCUAUGAGAAUCUUUAUUAAUAUCAAUACAGCACAGUCUAUGAGAAUCUUUAUUAAUAUCAAUACAGCACAGUCUAAGAUAAUUUUUAUUUAAUAAAGAUUCUCACAGACUGUGCUGUAUUGAACUUAAUAUAAAGAUUCUCAUAGACGGUGCUGUGUUCAUCUUAUUAAAAAUUCUCCUAGACUGUGCUGUAUUGAUCUUGAUAAAGAUUCUCUUAGACUGUGCUGUAUUGAUCUUAAUAAAAAUUCUCUUAGAAUGUGCUGUGUUGAUCUUAAUAAAGAUUCUAAUAGACUGUGCUGUAUUGAUCUUGAAUCUUUAUUAAUAUCAAUACAGCACACUCUAUGAGAAUCUUUAUGACUUUCUUGCUUUUGUUUUUACACUAUGGCCAUGGCGCACUGAGCGCGAGCACAGUCUAAUGGGACCCGGGUGCAAAUGGUGGCGAAGCGUGUCCGGGUCCAUUUUGGCUAAAUCCCAUUCUGAUGUCAUUUGUGGUAGUUUAUUUUAGUUAAACUGAAGAAUUAAGUUUGCAAACAUAUAGUCCAUUCAAUUAUCUUUCAUUUGAUACCUCAUUUUGUCUUACAAACCCAACAAAUAAUAUUUUAAAUAGUUUUUUUUUUAAUCCCAACCUCCCACUACUGGUUCCCGGGUACGAAUAGCCACUUCGAUGAAAUCAUUCAAUUUCAAUUCUCCCCGACAAUAUUAGUAAACAGCUAGAUGAGAUUUGUUUCUUUGUUAGUUUCUUUGUUUGUGUUAUUUAAUUCUUUAUUAUUUCUUUUUUUAAAUUCCCCCAUUUAUGAAUGGUACCAAGCAUGUAGUGAAGGCUGUGCUGGUAGUGGCCUAUGUCACCCAAAAGACGGAACAUGCCUGGAAAGAUGUAAAGUAAGCCACUAUGGCGCCAAAUGUCUAGGUAAGAUGGCUUCAUUUGUCGAUGAUUUUCUUGCAACACAACCUUUUAGCUAACACUGUUGUAAAAAUAAACAUCAGACUUUCAGUCUUCGUUGUGGCUUCAUUGUGAUAAAAAUUGUAUGGUUAUGUGGAAGAGUCAGACUUUCAGUCUUCGUUAUGACUUCAUUGUGAUAAGAAUUGUAUGGUUAUGUGGAAGAGUCAGACUUUCAGUCUUCGUUAUGGCUUCAUUGUGAUAAGAAUUGUAUGGUUAUGUGGAAGAGUCAGACUUUCAGUCUUCGUUAUGGCUUCAUUGUGAUAAGAAUUGUAUGGUUAUGUGGAAGAGUCAGACUUUCAGUCUUCGUUAUGGCUUCAUUGUGAUAAGAAUUGUAUGGUUAUGUGGAAGAGUCAGACUUUCAGUCUUCGUUAUGGCUUCAUUGUGAUAAGAAUUGUAUGGUUAUGUGGAAGAGUCAGACUUUCAGUCUUCGUUAUGGCUUCAUUGUGAUAAGAAUUGUAUGGUUAUGUGGAAGAGUCAGACUUUCAGUCUUCGUUAUGGCUUCAUUGUGAUAAGAAUUGUAUGGUUAUGUGGAAGAGUCAGACUUUCAGUCUUCGUUAUGGCUUCAUUGUGAUAAGAAUUGUAUGGUUAUGUGGAAGAGUCAGACUUUCAGUCUUCGUUAUGACUUCAUUGUGAUAAGAAUUGUAUGGUUAUGUGGAAGAGUCAGACUUUCAGUCUUCGUUAUGACUUCAUUGUGAUAAGAAUUGUAUGGUUAUGUGGAAGAGUCAGACUUUCAGUCUUCGUUAUGGCUUCAUUGUGAUAAGAAUUGUAUGGUUAUGUGGAAGAGUCAGACUUUCAGUCUUCGUUAUGGCUUCAUUGUGAUAAGAAUUGUAUGGUUAUGUGGAGGAGUCAGACUUUCAGUCUUCGUUUGGCUUCAUUGUGAUAAGAAUUGUAUGGUUAUGUGGAAGAGUCAGACUUUCAGUCUUCGUUAUGGCUUCAUUGUGAUAAGAAUUGUAUGGUUAUGUGGAAGAGUCAGACUUUCAGUCUUCGUUAUGGCUUCAUUGUGAUAAGAAUUGUAUGGUUAUGUGGAAGAGUCAGACUUUCAGUCUUCGUUAUGGCUUCAUUGUGAUAAGAAUUGUAUGGUUAUGUGGAAGAGUCAGACUUUCAGUCUUCGUUAUGGCUUCAUUGUGAUAAGAAUUGUAUGGUUAUGUGGAGGAGAUGCGGAUGGAUAAGGAUGAGCGCAGAGUAGGUCAAGUAAAGGGGGGAGUGGAGGGGAAUGUCAGGUGCCCCGCCCCCCAGGGCCGGAAAUUACUAUGCUAUUAAUAUUGAAGGGGAAUAAUUCUAAUCCAGUUCACCAAAAAGUAAACUUAGGACUUAGUUAGAACUUAGGAAUAGGUCAGACCAAAGGAAUCUUUUCAAUGACAUUACAUAUUAUUCAACUAAGUUUGACUAAGAGACUUACUCGUUAAAACAAAAAACAAAAAAAACAAAAAACAACAAACAAAAAAUUUGCAGAUCCAAAUAAUGUUAAAUAAAUUCCCUAUAAUAUGUUUGUACUGUGAUGUCAAAUUACAUUUUAAAUUAAUCGCACUCGGUAAAAGCUCUUCUUUGAAUAAGUCGAUCAACAACUUAUUAAGAUCAAAUAACGGAAUAAAAAAUUAUAUUUAUUGUGGUUCUUUUUUAAGAAAUGAACAUUUGUUUAAAAUAAGUGAAGAACUUAAUUUCGUAGAUAAAGGUUUCAAUUAUGUAUCCCCCCCCCCCUGCAUUCAAGGCCUACAACUCAUUAGCGAAUAGGUUGAUGAAAGUCUAAUGCUGACAUUUCUCACAGACGAGAACUGCUUUCUUAGGUUCUGAUUGCUGCUGACCACCUUUUUUUUUUAACACAACAGUCAUAACAAUAGUCCCUACCUACGCCAGCCGGCCAAGGGUUGCUUACCCCAGCCGGCCAAGGGUGGCUUACCCCAGCCGGCCAAGGGUGGCUUACCCCAGCCGGCCAAGGGUGGCUUAUUCUCAAGAAGAUUCAAGCCUAGCGUAGUAAAUGUGUAAUGACUACAGAUUGGCAAUGCCAAGUAGAUGAGAGGCUCCCCCACCUCCCACCCCCACAAAACACACACAUACCAUACUAAUCCAAGCUUCAAAGAUUUUUUUUUUUUUUUAAAAAUCAAAGGUCUAUUUAUCGUAGUAAAUGUUUCAGCCUGCAGUGAUGGCUGUACAAAUGGAAGUUGUCAUAGAGAUACCGGCGUUUGCCCUGGUAAUUGUGCGGCUGGGAGUUUGGAUCCUAAAUGUAUAGGUAAGUUUUUCUGUCUUGUUACUAUAUGUAAGUUUUUCUGUCUUGCUACUAUAUGUAACUUUUCUGUCUUGCUAUUAUAUGUAAGUUUUUCUGUCUUGGUACUAUAUGUAGGUUUUUCUGUCUUGGUAGUAUAUGUACGUUUUUCUGUCUUGCUACUACAUGUAAGUUUUUCUGUCUUGCUACUAUAUGUAAGUUUUUCUGUCUUACUACUAUAUGUAAGUUUUUCUGUCUUGGUACUAUAUGUACGUUUUUCUGUUAUGCUGCUAUAUGUACGUUUUUCUGUCUUGCUACUAUAUGCAACUGUUCCUGUCUUUCUACUAUAUGCAAGUUUUCCUGUCUUGCUACUAUAUGCAAGUGUUUCUGUCUUUCUACUAUAUGCAAGUCUUUGCUUGCUACUAUAUGCAAGUUUUUCUGUCUUGCUACUAUAUGGAAGUCUUUGCUUGCUACUAUAUGCAAGUUUUUCUGUCUUGCUACUAUAUGAGACUGUUCCUGUCUUUCUACUAUAUGCAAGUUUUUCUGUCUUGCUACUAUAUGGAAAAUAGUUUUUACUUAAGUGUUUUUUAAAAGAAAAAUGCACAGGAGGUCAAGUUUUUAAGGCAUUAGACGAUAUGGCCAUUCGGCACGGUUGUGAUUCGGCACGGUUGUGAUUCGGCACGGUUGUGAUUCGGCACGGUUG